UUCUCCUUUAUAGUUUUUCUUUUGUCAUAUUCACGUUUGAAAUUAGCAGAAUUAAUAGGAUUCUUGCGAAUAUCCAAGAAGUUCUCUUCUGGUGGCGUUAAUCCGCUAUUUCUGAAUUACCAGAUCGUUGCUUCGUAGAGUCGAUUUGGGUUUUGAUCAUAUGCUAAUCAUGUAUUUGCUUCCAUGAUUUUGUUUCAUAUUUCCUGGAGAUCACUUGUUGAGAAGAUCUAAGAAGAAUAGAAGAAAAAGAUCCUUGGAUGGAUUAAUCUUUCACGUGUGAUGACAGUGUUCAUUUCUAACUUUCAAGUUUGUUUAUAAAUGAUCAUUAAAGCACUAUGGGAACAGAGAAUCCUGUCUUUGAUGAUUUUAUUGGAGAUAAAUCCUAUGCUAUCGGCUCAAACGUGUUUGAAUUAAUACUCAAUUGACCUUAUUGUAGCACUUCAAUUCUUGUUGUUAGAUGGUGCUAUUGAGUCAUUUCAAUCAAUCUCCCUCAUAAGUCAGCUAAUUCUUUGAAACUCGUUAGCUAAAUGAUUUGUGUAAGUUGUUUGAUAUGAUAUGAGUGCAAUAUGAUUUUGGGAGAAACAGGCAUUUUGUUGCAAUAUUUUACCUGGUUUUAAGAGGAAACAGAAUAGGAUAGUGGCCGAAUUUCUCCCAUCUGUCAAUGGCACAGUUUGAGGAUUCCUAUAAGAACAAAGUGGCUGCACUUUUGCGAGUUAUAAAUGUUACGCGAAGCCUUCGAGACGACAAUAUUCCUUGCCAAAUUGAAGAGGGUCUUUUUCUUGGUUCUAUUGGAGCAGCAAGAAACAAGGUUGCACUUAAAAGUUCAAAAAUCAAUCAUAUCUUAACUGUUGCUAAUGCGUUGCAACCUGCUUUUCCAAAUGAGUUCUUAUACAAAAUUAUUCCAGUCAUGGACAAAGAAGACACAAACUUGAGACAGUACUUUGAUGAGUGCUUCAAUUUCAUGGAUAAAGCCAAAAGUGAGGGUGGUGGGGUGCUUGUUCAUUGCAUGGUUGGAAGAUCAAGAAGUGUGACCAUAGUUGUUGCAUAUUUGAUGAAGGAGUAUGGUAUGAGCUUAUCACAAGCACUAGAACAUGUGAAGAGGAAACGACCAGUGGCAGCUCCUAAUUUUGGCUUCACUCUGCAAUUGCAGGAGUUUGAAAGAUCUCUUAAAGGGGGUUGUGAGGAAAGAGAAGAACGAGCUUAAAGAAAAGAUAAUGGGUUUGUAGGAAAGAUGAAGAGUAUUUGAGCCAUUGAAAUUCUGUUUUUCUGUUUUCUCUUUUUUUGAUAAUAAUUUAAAAAGAAUAAUGGAAAAUUUGUGUA